GCCUGCUAUCUGCCUCUGGAGCCCGGCUGCGUCCUGGCUCCCUGCGCCGUGGCACGUCCCUUGCAGCUCACGGCGGGGCUCUAGCCUCCUGCCUCGCUGUGUAUUUUUAGGUCACUGGCGCGGAGGGGUAGGUAAUCCCCAGGCUUCAGUUCCAAAGGGGCGGGGUCCGGCCGGAGGUGGAGUCACUUUUCAUUUAAAUCCCUGACUAUAAAAUGGGCUUAAAGAGAAGCGGGAGCUCAGCUGAGCUGCAAGGAGCCCGGCAGGCAGGCGUGUCUGGAAGGGGGGCGAGAGCCGGAACCCAGCAGCCCUCACGAUGCUCCACUCCCUCGGCGUUCACACCUUGCAGCUGCUCACCCAGGCUGCUGCCUGCUUCCUCCUGCUGCCCCGCUUCCUGCUCACCGCGCUGAUGCUUUGGCUCCUGGAUUUUCUGUGCAUCCGGAAGAAGGUGCUGCUGAUGGGCAGGGUGGAGGAGGAAGGCAGCCCUGUCCAGGAGCCACCCCCUGACGACCCCCCGGUCUGCGUGUCCGACUCCAACCGCAUGUUCACCCUGGAGUCCCUGAAAGCCGUGUGGCACGGGCAGAAGCUGGACUUCUUCAAGUCAGCGCACGUGGGCUCCUCCGCCCCCAACCCCGAAGUCAUCCAGCUGGAUGGGCAAAAGCGACUCCGGAUCCUUGACUAUGCCCGAGGCAAGAGACCUCUGAUCCUGAAUUUCGGGAGCUGCACCUGACCCCCCUUCAUGGCUCGCCUGAGGUCCUUCCAGCGGCUGGCCGCGCACUUCGUGGACAUCGCUGACUUCCUGCUGGUGUACAUCGAAGAGGCUCACCCCUCCCACUGCUGGGUCAGCUCCGACGCAGCCUACGAGAUCCCCAAGCAUCAGUGCCUCCAGGACAGGCUGAGGGCGGCUCAGCUGAUGCAGGAAGGGGCGCCUGGCUGCCCCCUGGCAGUGGACACCAUGGACAAUGCUUCCAGCGCCGCCUACGGAGCCUACUUUGAGAGACUCUACAUCAUCCAGGAGGAGAUGGUGAUGUACCAGGGAGGCCGAGGACCAGAAGGCUACAAGAUCUCUGAACUGCGGAGCUGGCUCGACCAGUACAAAAACCGGCUGCAGAGCCCUAGCACGGUGGUCAUCCAAGUGUAAAAGGAAAUGGCACUGGGGUGGGUGGGGGAGCGGCCGUCCUGCACGGGGGCGGGCUGGCAGGCGCUUCUCUACUCCUUAGCCUCGGGGCUGCAGGCGGCUGACGUGCGAGCUUCAUGCAAGAAGUGUCACCGCUGCCCCUUCUCUGAUCGAAUCAUGUUGAUUUGCCAGGCCAGCUCCGUGCGUGCCGCAUGUCCAUAUGCACCUUGUAAAUACCCCUUUUUGUAACACAGCGUUUCCUAUUUUUAUGGAGGUUUUUCUAGGGGGGGCGGGGGAGAGUGGGUCCGUGUGUGUGUGUCUGAGAGCAGCUGCGUCCUAGGGGGUCGCUGGGUGCCCGGAUCACACCAGGUGGGGCGUCUAGUAUCUCUGGGUGACGACCGAUUUUUAAAUGGCUCUCAAAAUACCAGGAAAUCGAGUCCGAUGUUGUUAGAUACUAGAAGCGCCACGAGCCGGGACCAAGCGGAAUGUCCUAUUUAUGGAGUCUCUCUUUUGUAAAACGGGCGUUCAUUUUUUAAAUGAACUUUUUAUAGGAAUAAAGAUCUGGAAUAAAGACGCUCCUGCUCUUGUUUCCC